AUGGUUGCGCAGCUUAAGAGCAUCGCUCGACCUCGCCAACAGUACUCUGACAUCGAGCAGCUCGUCCUCUCCGGCGAGCUCUUCAACGGCCCCGAACGCUCGACCUCGCCCGUCCGCUCGCGAUCGCCCUCGCCGACGCCCGAAAAUGAGUGGCCGACAGAGAAAGGCUACGAGGCGGACGACGGGUACGACUCGGCGACGGAGCGCAACAAGCAGGUCGAGAAGAUCCUCGGCGGGCGCCCGCCCCAGGAGUCGAUCGGCAUGGGCCCCGGGCGCACGGGCGUGAAGGGCGUCAUCCGCGACCGCGACGAGGCGCGGGAGGCCGAGCGCGCGCGGCGUGCGAGGGAGGUCGACGCGCUGAACAGGAAGAUGGAGCGCACGGCGAUCACGGCGAGGACGUGGCGCGAGGACGAGCGCGAGCGCGAGUGGGAGAAGGCCAGGCUCGAGGGCACGCAGAUCCGCGUCCCGUCGCAGACCGUGUUCGGCGAGCGGAAGGGGCGGUUUGGCCAUCUGAGGGAGGUGGGCGUCGGCGGGUUCGUGCCUGCUGUUGAACAGGAGGAGCGGGGGACGUGGGUGGUCGUCCAUUUAUACGAUCCAUCGGUGGAUAGGUGCUACACCCUGGACGAUACCCUUUCCCGCCUUGCACGCCGAUACCCGGACACGAAGUUCAUCCGCGUACGCGCUUCUGCCCUUGGCUUCGCGACUAAGCAGCCCUCCUCGUCCUCAACUCGCGCAAAGCCAUCUGGGAUCAGGCGCGCGACACGCACCAUCCGAGAAGACGACGACGACGACGACCCAUUCGGAGACGAAAAGAGCGGAUUCGUCGGCCGCCACGAGGACGACGAGAGUGAGCGCAGCUCCGACGAGGACGACGACAACGUCGAUACGGACAUGCUACCCACGAUGCUGGUUUACCGCGAUGGAGAGCUCGUCUUCAACUGGGUCCGCGUCGACUUUGAGGCUGGACAGGCCGGCAUCGAAGAGCUGCUGCUGAGGCAUCAUGUCCUUCCGACCUCAGGAGCCCAGAACAACUGUGGCCUGCCAUCGGAUGACGAGCUUUUCGACGACGAUUGA